ACCAAAACAGCAGCAACAAAACCCCCGUUCUUGUUAUUUUCUAUCUUCCUUCUUCACUAUCUAGCAACAAACCCAAGUUAUUAAUGUCCUAUACCUCGAAACUGUUAACACAAUUGCAACUUUUCACUAGACCUACAUUAAAACAGUUGUUCAGUACAAAAGCAACAUCAGCAGCAUUAACACAACGUCAGAAAAUAGUUUUGAAAGACGAAGAUUUGAUCGAAACCUUCGUGAAAGGCUCUGGCCCUGGUGGCCAAUGUAUAAAUAAACGUUCUACUUGUGUCGAUCUUCGACACAUUCCAACUGGAAUCAGAGUACAGUGUCAACAAUCCAGAUCGUUGGCAGAUAACAGAGGGAUUGCAAGGAAGUUAUUACGCGAAAAAUUAGACGAAUUGAUCAAUGGUGAUAUGAGUAAAAAAGCUAAAAAAGCUGCGAAAAUAGCAAAACAAAAGGCCCGUCGAGCAAGAAGAGCGAAACAAAAAUACUCAAAAACAACAGAGGAAGAGGAGCUCCUUGAGGAGUCAGUGACGGAAACCAAGGAAGCGAUUACGAACCCUCCAUCUGGUAGCCCAGCAGUUUAGACAAAAUCUUUGAAUCGCUGCAGGCAGGGGUUUAUUGACGGGUUUACAGAGUUACAAAAUACAACGACGAUCACUUGUUGAAAGGAUUCUCUAAGGAGGCCUCCAAGACUACAUAUAAAAUUGUUUUUAGGGCUCCUAUUGUUGCUUUGUCCCCGCAUAUCUUACUAU